AUGCUUAUGUACCCACGUAAGGGUCUCAUCACCGAUCCAUACAACUCAGAGGACAUCAUCAUACAAGACGACCAGUAUCCACCUGAUUUUUAUCCCGAGAACGCCUUUCACUACGCUCAAUCUCGCUUGCAAUCACCAUUCCAGUGUCACCCCAGUGUACAGCUCUCUCCGCCAUCUUCCACACCUUCCUCGCCUACUUUCUCCUCUCCGACCUUCUCGACUUGUUACCCGACGUCUGACUCACAAUCUUUCGGGGCUCCUUCGAUGACCCCAGCGUCUUCAUAUAACCCGUCGUACGACAUUCAGGGUUCUAAUUCGCCUUCUCACCAAUUGUCUCAAUAUCCUCAGCAAUUUUAUUCUCCCAUGUUGGUACAGCAGCCUCUCGCCGGUAAUCAGGGUUGGGACAGCAACCUGCAGUUGUUGAGCCCUGCGCGCAUCCCAUACCCAGGGGUGCAAAAGAGAUCCUCGCCCUCGGCAUCCUCACGCCCACUCCCUUCAGGGGUGUCAGCCAACAACUACCACCGCCGUUCCAACAGCGCCAAUAAGCCGUUCCCCAGUCCGGUGCAAACCCCUCUCCAGAACUCAUUUCUUGCGACUCCCUUUCAACAUUUUGAUCCCUCGUCCCAAGAUGGCCACAGCGCCGAGGCUGAGUCUGCUAUGAGAAAAGCGAUUAUGGAUCAGCAGAAGCAGUCGCCUCCGCAGCAAAUGCAGAACGACUACUCACUAGCCCCAUCGGUGUCAACAAUGAGCCAUAACUCGCCGGUGACCCCGCAGACUACCCUUGACGAAUUUGACGACGCAUCCAAGUCGAUGAGCAAUGGUGAGAAUGGAAUUCCCGAUAUCAAUUGGGCAAUGGACCAAUACUUACGCUAUGAUGCACCUCCAGACUAUAAUGGUGCCAAUAAUGCUCUGCCAAUUGGAGUCCCUCCGCUGAACAGAACCAUUUCCGAUAUAUACCAAGACGAAUUAUAUAACCCUGCCAUCAUGGCAGCGCCCCAGGUGUCCAAGCCGAUGGGACAGAACAACCUCAACCCACGCAAUUUUAUUGCCGAUCGCCUCCACGCUGCCAACCAGGGACACUUGUCUGCUCGUUCGCAAUCGCCCUCCGGCAGACGGGAUCGCUCGCCCUUCCGUACCUCUUCCCCAUUCGCCGGUGAUAUAAACAACAAUACUCUCCAACAGCCCCAGAUGGCGACCAGCAUUCCCAUGGGACAGAGCGGUAUGAACAGUAUGAACGGAAUGAAUAUGGACCAGAGCAACACGGGAGAUAUCAAGACGAUGUCACCUAAGGACGCAGUCUUGGAUUUCCAAGAUGGCGAUGAUACCAUGCCUAUGUUCCCUCAUGGUCAGGGUGAUUUCAAUUUGGGUGAUGCACUCGGCUUGCGACGCGACAGUGCCUCAAUGCGACCGAUGGAAACAUUCCCUCAAUAUACGGCACCCACUAUGGCGCAGCCACCGUUCGCAUUUUCUGAACCUCAGAUGCAUCGCCCUCAGAGCAAUCUCCUGCAGCAGAGUACCGAAUUCCCUUCACUUCCAGCAGUGGAAUCGACCGAGAGCUCGCCCCCAAGCCAGAUGAAUAUGCCAAUCACAGAGAGUAUUCCUCGUCCCGCCGACACAUCUUCCGAUGCGGGUACUUACACUUGUACCUACCACAACUGCUCCUACCGUUUCGACACCCCCUCCAGACUUCAGCGACACAAGCGCGAGGCUCACCGGCAAACAACACCGGGCGGCCACCUUGUCAGCCGGGACACUUCGCUCCGCAACUCCCAGGCUGGCCCGCACAAGUGCGAGCGCAUCAAUCCGUCUACAGGCAAACCAUGCAAUUCAAUCUUCUCCCGGCCUUACGAUCUUACGCGACACGAGCAUACCAUCCACACCGCCGGGAAGCAGAAGGUGCGCUGUCAUAUCUGUAACGAGGACAAAACCUUCAGCCGAAACGACGCUUUGACAAGACACAUGCGAGUGGUUCAUCCCGAAAUCGACUGGCCAGGCAAGCAGCGCAGGAGGAGAGACUGA